ACCCUCUCCCCAUCCACAGGAGACCAGGAAAAAGAGAACUCGGAUAUUAGAGACGACGACAGAGAAAACAGAGCAAAACUAACCAUCUCCCUUCCCCUAUACUUUGCACUCAAGCACUUGGUUCCUUCGCCAUUCUUUGUGCCAGAAAGCAAAAAAAAGAGAGAAUAAAAGCCCUUUAAGCAGAAGCUCUUGCCACCCGACUCUCUCUCUUUUCUUUCUGCGAUCAGAUAUCCCAGUUCCCAAUACAAAACAUUAAACCAUCCCCCCGUCCACAAUCGUUUGGUCCCGGAGACUCGCAUAGAUCUCGUUUGGCCCGGAAGAUAACACCCCUGAGCCCCAGCUCUCCGACUGGCCGAUUGGCCAUGGCCGCCGUCGGCGACCAGCAAACCUGGGUUCCCUAUGAGCCAAUUAAGGACUGCACUCAGGGCUUGUGUACCAUCUACUGCCCCCAGUGGUGCUACCUAAUUUUCCCACCACCUCCCGCCGUGGAGCUCUCCGACGACAGCUCCGGCCCAACCUUCUCACCCCUCGUGAUCGCCAUCAUCGGCAUCCUCGCAAGCGCCUUCCUCCUCGUCAGCUACUACACCAUCAUCUCCAAGUAUUGCGGUGCCUUCGACUCCCUCCGGCGGCGGCUCCAAGGCCCCGGUGCGGACGACCGCGAGCUCGAGGACGGCCUCGCGCAAUCCCACCGCCACGAGGCUUGGCAACUCUCCCCGUCGAACGGGCUCGACGAGGCGUUGAUCGACAAGAUUGCGGUGUGCAAGUACAGGAGAGGCGACGGGCUGGUCGACGGCACCGACUGCUCGGUGUGCCUCAGCGAGUUCAGGGAGGACGACAGCCUUCGCCUGCUCCCCAAGUGCAAUCAUGCCUUCCAUGUCCAGUGCAUCGAUACUUGGUUGAAGUCCCACUCCAACUGCCCCCUCUGCCGUGCCAAUAUCGUGUCGGUCAGUUCAUUAUCGCCGGCGCCGCCGCUUCCGGCUCCUCCCGAGCCGGAAAAUGCUUCUCCCGCGGCAGAAGGUGAACGAGGCUUCGAGGAGACGGCUGCAGCCGUAGAAGAUUUAGACGGUGGCGGGCAAGAAGAGAUCCAACUGAGGAAUCAUGGCGAUCUGCCUCCGAAGGAGCACCCUUCUCGAAUCCUCUGUGAUCUGGAAAGGAUGGAGGAGAGUGAUACUAUAAUUGAGGUGGGAGACGGUGCUGUCCAACCCAUCAGACGAUCAUUCUCCAUGGACUUCUCGCAUCGAGGGCGUGUUUCGAUUGCUGAUGUCUUGCAAACGAGCAUGGAGGAUGAACUGUUAGCUGCAAAGGAUCAUGGCUUUCUGGUCGGGAUCGGUUCGUCGAGACGGUGCGGAGGAGAGCAUUGCAGGACCAGGGUCUUGCCUCGCGUUAUGAGCCCUGUCCCGAUGAAGAGAUCCUUCUCCAGCGAGAGGUUCUGCUUCACUAGGCAUGGGAGGGGAAGCAGUUCGAUCCUUCCGGUGUAAAAGAAUAUAUUCCAACUAGGAUAUAGCACAAGUUCUUCUCAGUGGAAGUGUCAAUAGAAAGGAACAGAGUCUCAUUCCUCAGCUCUGCAAUCGAGAAAAGGAAACACCCUGCAUCCAUCGGGCUUUCCAACGACAGCAGAUGGAUUUCCUUGGUGUGGAAAUCCUCCAUGCAAUGCAUGGUGAGGCUCCCUAAUUGCUAUAUUUGCUCUAAAUUCUAUCAUGUGGGUUUAUGGAUUUGGUGGAGUUUGGAUGCUUUUAGAAACUUUCGUAUCAUAUGAUUUUUGAUUUCUUAUCAUCUGUUCUCUUGUGAUUGCUUUGAGCUUGUGCAUGCCCUCCUGCUUUUGAUUCCCUUUUUUUUUUUUUUGCGAAUGUAAUACUGCAGUCAUGCAGAUCAUUUGGUAAGUUAAAACAGAGUGGGAGUUCGAGAUUUUUCUGAUGGUUUCAGUGAUAUGCUCGCUGGCGGACUCUGAAAUCAGGGAAUGUUAUUCAUGAUGUGUUCAGUG